GUGUGUGUGCAGAGAAAAGCUGCUAUAUCACUUCCAUUUUCUAGCUCUUCGUCUUUGAAGAGAGUUAGAUGCAGGUGUCUGUAACUAUUCAAAGUUCAGAGUCUCUGAGGGGUGUGUGGGUGGGUUGGGAUCUCAUACGUGUCAUUGGGACGUGUUGCAUGAGUAAGGGCUUUUUCUCAUACCUUUGCCACAACCACCAACACACAGAUUAUAUACGACUUUCAGUCUGCGCUUUCGUCUUUCGUCUUUCAUCUUUCUUCUCUUUUUCUUUUCUUUUUUCUCCUGUUUCUCCAUUUCAACAUGGUACUUUCCUUAACAAAUAUUUUAUAUUUUACAUACACAUAUAUGUAUUUUUAUUCAUAAUUUUUUUUCACUUUUUUAAGUACCGAUGAUUUAAUAUACCUGUAAGUUUUCCUUUUAUUUUGAGAUAUGUUCUUGAUAAUUAUCAAUAAUCAAACUCUAAUAGAUUUUUUCUAGUAAUUGAAUUGUGGAUGAAUAAGACGGUGUGUGUGGGUGGUGUGGAUCGUAUAUAACAGUCCUUCGUUUUUCCUUUAAUGGGUAUCUUUCUAUUCCUUCAGAUCUGAAUCAAUUCAGACUUUUUUUCCUCUUUUGAUUGUUGAAAUCCACUUUUCCUUUUCGUGAAGCUUUCCAAAUUUGGGCAGUCAUUUGCUUUUUCCAAUUUGUUUUUCUUUCUUGGAACAUAGAAAUUGACAGAAGAGAGUGAGCACACAGAAGCAACUGGUAUAGUUAUAUGCUGUUACUUUUGCGUGCUUACUUCUCUUUCUGUCAACUUCCAUUGCUGGAAAUUACUUCCAAUCUGGCUCUGCUUUGUUCCAAUUCCCACCAAACAAACCCCAACUCAACCCCACACACUCUCAUCAUGGACCUCAACUCAACAACAACAUCGUCAUCCAUGCCUCACAACACAACAGAAAGCGUGACUUUUGAUAGCGUGGCAGAACGAAUUCCCUCAUCAACAGUGCAGGUAACAGGUUGCUACUCAUGUGAUGUUUUUUGUCUUGUCAUUACAGUUGUUCCCUACCUAGGUCAGAUAACCAAACAUUUACUACCACCCCACCAGACUAAUAUAUAUGAAAACCUUUUAGAUUUCAGUGAUGAAAGAAGAAAAAUAAAAGCAAAAGUGAUAAACGUGAUGAAAUAUGAGAUAGAAAGAAAAAUGAAUUGGAAGUGGAAUGGAAGCACAAGCAAGUGAAUGUUAAGAUUUCUUUUAGAUUCUAUGACUUCUGUCUGAACUGAAAGUUGAUUUAAACAUUGCCACAGAAAAUUUGUAUUCAAGAGGUUAAAGAUUGCACCAGUGAAUCAUUCUU